CGGACAGGUGCUUGAAGCGGCGGGAGCGGAGCGGGAGCGGGUCGGACCUGGGCUGGUAGGAGCCCCGCCCCUCCCGCCUCAGCGGAUCAUGACCCGGGCGGCCGCGGAGGUCGCGGUGGCGGGGGACGCGGCGUGGCGGGGCCAGCGCUAGAGAUGAUGCCGUUUCCGGUGACCACCCCGGGAUCACAACAGACCCCGCCGCCGCCCAAGCACUAUGGCAUCUCCAACCCCAUCAGUUUAGCAGCCCCCAGGGAGACUGACUGCAUACUUACCCAGAAAUUAAUUGAAACCCUGAAGCCCUUUGGGGUUUUUGAAGAGGAAGAGGAACUACAGCGCAGGAUUUUAAUUUUGGAGAAAUUAAAUAACCUGGUAAAGGAAUGGAUACGAGAAAUCAGUGAAAGCAAGAGUCUUCCACAAGCUGUAAUAGAAAACGUUGGAGGGAAAAUCUUUACAUUCGGUUCUUAUAGAUUAGGGGUGCAUACGAAAGGUGCAGAUAUCGACGCGUUGUGCGUGGCACCCAGACAUGUUGAUCGAAGUGAUUUUUUCACCUCCUUCUAUGGUAAAUUGAAACUACAUGAAGAAGUAAAGGAUUUAAGGGCUGUUGAAGAGGCAUUUGUACCAGUUAUCAAACUGUGUUUUGAUGGGAUAGAGAUUGAUAUUUUGUUUGCAAGAUUAGCACUGCAGACUAUUCCGGAAGAUUUGGACCUAAGAGAUGACAGUCUGCUUAAAAAUUUAGAUAUUAGAUGCAUAAGAAGUCUUAAUGGUUGCCGGGUAACCGAUGAGAUUUUACAUCUAGUACCGAACAUUGACAACUUCAGAUUAACUCUGAGAGCCAUCAAGUUGUGGGCCAAAUGCCACAAUAUCUAUUCCAAUAUAUUAGGUUUCCUAGGAGGUGUUUCCUGGGCGAUGCUAGUAGCAAGAACUUGCCAGCUUUAUCCAAAUGCAAUAGCAUCAACUCUUGUACGUAAAUUUUUCUUGGUGUUUUCUGAAUGGGAAUGGCCAAAUCCAGUGCUACUGAAAGAGCCCGAAGAACGGAAUCUUAAUUUGCCUGUCUGGGACCCAAGAGUAAAUCCCAGCGAUAGGUACCAUCUCAUGCCUAUAAUUACACCAGCGUACCCACAGCAGAACUCCACGUACAACGUGUCUGUUUCAACAAGGAUGGUCAUGAUUGAGGAGUUUAAGCAAGGGCUUGCUAUCACGCAUGAGAUUUUGCUGAGUAAGGCAGAGUGGUCCAAACUUUUUGAAGCUCCGAGCUUCUUUCAAAAGUACAAGCAUUAUAUUGUACUUCUAGCAAGCGCGCCAACCGAAAAACAACAUCUAGAAUGGGUGGGCUUGGUGGAAUCAAAAAUCCGAAUCCUGGUUGGAAGCUUGGAGAAGAAUGAAUUUAUUACACUGGCACAUGUGAAUCCUCAGUCGUUUCCAGCACCCAAGGAAAAUCCUGACAGGGAAGAAUUUCGUACAAUGUGGGUGAUUGGGUUAGUGUUAAAAAAGCCAGAAGACGCUGACGUUCUCAGUAUUGAUCUCACCUAUGAUAUCCAGUCUUUCACAGAUACAGUUUAUAGGCAAGCGAUAAAUAGUAAGAUGUUUGAGAUGGAUAUGAAAAUUGCUGCAAUGCAUUUGAGAAGGAAGGAACUUCAUCAACUACUACCUAAUCACGUGCUUCAGAGAAAGAAAACACACUCGAUGGAAGGUGUCAGACUGACAGCUUUGGAUGGCGGCAGCCUCGACUUGUCUGUAAACAGUGAAGACAGCACGUCUGUGUCUUCACUUCCUGGCUGUAUGAAGACUGGCCCAGUGACUGGCAGUGCUCAGGGCAGAAACAUUCCUUCCCCGGCUGUGGUGGCAGCGUCUGUGACCAGCGUACAGGUUCCUGAAGUUUCCUUGCAACAAGCAAAUCCCAGCGACAGCCCAGGGGGCACGUCCAGCGAAAGCAUCCCUCAGACUGCCCCACAACCAACUAUUUCUCCACCACCGAAGCCCAUGGUCACCAGAGUUGUUUCCUCAACACGUCUGGUCAGCCAUCCACCCAGGCCUUCAGGGAGCGCAGCAGCAAACAUAGCUAAUCCUAUCAUAGGAGUCUAGAGGACAUUGUCACAUCACAAAGAAGAAAGGACCAAGGAAACCAAAACAGAAGAGGAACGGAACGGUCUUAUAAAGAGACAGGUGCGGCUCAAUUGGAAACUAUUCAGACAGCAGCCUCUCUGUUGGCCUCAUGGGGAACAUCCAGUGCAGACCUUCCCAGUAUCCCUGCAAAUCUUACGCCUAUUAUCAAGAAAUCAGUAAAACAGAUUGAACUGAGGAAAACAACCUCAAGGGUCCAUAAACAGUAUCUGCCAGCUCAGCCUGCUGUCUUCAAAUGCUAAAGGAGAAGAAUGAAGGGUACCAAACUAGAUAUGGUUCAGAAUAGCUUUGUUAGGCUUAUUUGAUGAGUUCCUUUAUUGGGCUAAUCUUGAUCAGAAGUCCAGGUUAGUAUGUGAAGCCAGAAGUACUGUUAAUUAAUGUGUCAGAUUAUUUAUGUGUCAGCCGCAGUUAAACGCUAACUGUUUCAAAGGACUCCUGCCCUUAAAGAGGAAAAAGAGAGAAAAACACCCCUCCAGCUAUGUUUGUACCCAUGACUGACAUCGGGACUGGAUUGAUGUUUGAUGCAUUGUUGGGGAAAGUUUGCAGCACAAACUGGUAUCAGAAUUCCUUACGCUGAUGAUGCACUUUAUAUUUUUAUUAGACAGUAGAACAAAUUUUAGAUUUUUCAGCUUGAUGAAUUUCAGUUUUUUCCUGAAGGGUGUUCUUCAUUACUGAUCUUCAGAUUGGUUACCAUUGUGCAGUGGUGUACUGUACUUCAGAAAAAGCAUAAAGUACAUCUAGCUCAGUUCCUGUGAGAUAGCUAUAACCCUUUAAAAUGAAAUGUCAACUCUUAGGGUAUAUAUUUGGCAUUGAAACAGUAAUUAGUAAGUGUCUGGUUUUGAUGGGACAGGAUCAAGAAAUGAUUGGUUUUAUCUGAAGAACUGUUUCAGAGUGCAUACAAUCAGCCGUCAAACAGCAGAUACUGUCUUGAGCUAACAAAGCUCCAUAUUCUCUUGUCCUUAAUCAUUUGCCCUAAAAGAAAAAAAGCUUUUUGUGUCCCCUGCCCCCGCCGCCUUCUCUUUGCUUGUGUGCGCAAGGUAUGCUUAUAUAUCGUUUCACAGAAAACUCAGUAUGCUAGUAUUUUCUUAACCAUGAUGUGAAACCAACGGUCCUGUGGCCACAUGGCUAAUAUUUUAGUAAAGCUUUACUAAAAGUAAUUCCUGUGAAGCAUGUUAUCCAUCUUGGAUGGCCAUUUGGUCUCCACGUAAGAGAAGAUUUGUAUACUCCACAGAAUACCUGCUUAUAGUAAAGUUAAUUUCUAAUUUAAACGUGUAAGCAAAACAUUUUCUCCAGAAGUUUAAACCAAUUUUUAUUUGUAAAUGACUUCCUAAAAUUCAUCAGUAAAAUUUACAUGUAGAAACAUCAGAAAUUUCUAGCAAGCACUUGACAUCUAGUCAGCUUUCUACUCUUUUGUUUUAUCCUGCAAAAAAUUCGGAACAAUAACCUUUCUUUAAAAAAAAAAAAAAGACAGCUCAUCAUUAAGCAGCAGAACAUUCAUGUUUCUCAACAGUUGUAGGUGAAUGAAAACUUAGUCUCUCUUAAUCUGGACACAGCAAACCUAACAGGUUUUCCAAAUAGCCUGAUUCUGAUUCUUCCUAUCCCCCAACAGUGUUCCUUUCUACCACAUGUGCGUUUUUCAUGUUAAACUGCAGCUUCUUAAACCCUUUCCCUAUCCUUUAAAAUAAUUUCCCCCAAAGUUGGAAUAUAGUCAUUUCCGUUGUGGGCUGUGCAGUAAUUGAGACUCUCUGUUCACCAUGACUUUCUGACGCCGAGUACACAGUGUUCCCGCUACCUGUGCAGCCCCCUUCCACCACAAUAAAAUCAGGUGAAGUGUGUACUGUACCUGUGUAUUUUGAAUAGCUAUUGUGUCAUUGAAAUUGCCACGCACAAAUUUAGUCUUGUCAUUUUGUUCACACAUUGGGGAAAAAUUAGUUUAGUAAAUGUUUCGUGUAACUGUACUUCUUUUACCAAGCUGGAAGGUUGGAGCUUUUUAAUUCUAGUUUUCGUUACCUGAAUAUCAGACUAUUUUUUUCAUAUGGUGUGCAUAGUAUCUCAUGACUGGAGUUUGCUUCGUUUUAUAGUCUCUGUACUCCUUGUAUUUUUCAAGCACUAUUUUGAAAACAGAUGAUGUAUUUCUCCAUUAAAAAACACAAUAAAAAUAAGCAAGAAAGAAGCAAGCAGAGGGGUUUAAAUCUGACGAUA